CGGGUUGUUAUUGAUUGAAAUUUUCCCACACGGAUGUGUAAAUUCAGUAGCGUACAUGUAGCCUCGAGCUGCCAAACCGAAACAAGUACUACUAGAGCGCUGUAGUUUCGGUGGGGAGAAAUGUAAAACAGUUAGAAUAGCUCAACAAUGUUAGGGAAACAGGUUUGAAGGCCAUGUGUAGAAGAAUAGAUGCAACGAUCAAAUAGUUUGAUUGUGAAGAACCCGAGAGCAGUGAAAGGUUCAAAAAAAGAUACGGCAAACAAACGGAGAGAAAUGCGCAUCCAAAAUCCCCGGCAGUCGACUAAAAUAGGUGAAAGAGGCAGUUGCAGUUCGACUCCGCGUCCAGUCAGUGUAACAACGAUUUCAUCCAGCAAGCGCAGAAAUCAUGGCAACGUCCGAUUCUUGGCCGAAACUGUUCACCUGGGUGGAUUAUUUUCUGUUUGCUUUGACUCUCGUCGUGUCUUCGCUAGUCGGAAUCUAUCACGCUUGGCGUGGCGCCAGCGGUUCGACCUCUGACUACCUGAUGGGUGGAAGAAAGAUGCCCAUCUUACCCGUAGCCAUGUCUCUUGCCGCCAGUUCAUUUUCAGCUACGACACUACUCGGCGGACCUACAGACAUCUACACGAAUGGGACUAUGUAUCUGUGGUUCAUAUCUUCUGUUCUUCUUUGCACUCCGAUUGCGAGUUACAUCUAUUUACCUAUAUUUUACCGAUUGCAACUUGUUUCAGCAAAUCAGUACUUGGAGAUACGAUUCAAUCUUGUCAUUCGACGCAUUACUACGAUACUCUUUGUGGUGAAACAGUUGUUGUAUUUAUCGAUAGUGGCGUAUGGACCUUCGCUGGCUCUUAGCCAAGUCACGGGAAUUAAUGCCUACGUAUCAGUUGGUAUUCUGUUCGGCGUUUGCACCUUCUACACAGCAAUCGGAGGAAUCAAAGCAGUUGUCUGGACAGACACCAUACAAAUUAUAUUGAUUUAUGGAUCAAUCAUCAUGCUACUAAUCAAAGGGGUGUCGGACGUUGGCGGUCUGGGAAUUGUUUGGGAGCGUAAUUAUAACUCUUCCCGCAUAGAACUCUUCAACAUCGAUACCGACCCUACAACUCCACAUACGGUUUGGUCGCUUGCCAUCGGUGGCUUAUUUUAUUGGUUGAGUUGGUAUGCAGUGGAUCAGACUGCCGUACAACGAUCACUCGCCAUGCCUUCACUACGCAGCGCACAGAUAUCGAUGUGGAUUAACAUGGUCUUUGUGUGUGGGAUCAUUUUUCUCUGUGGAUGUGUUGGUUUAGUCAUGUACUCUAGAUAUUUUGAUUGCGAUCCUUUGACAUCCCAGGUGAUUAAUAAAGCAGACCAGAUAGUUCCUUUUUACGUUAUGGAUGUGCUUGGUGACUAUCCUGGUCUUCCCGGACUCUUUGUUGCAGGCAUCUUAAGCGGCGCUCUCAGCACAAUUUCAAGUGUCAUGAAUGCGGUGGCCCUUGUAGUUUAUGAAGAUUUCAUCCGGCCUUACUUUCCAAAUAUGCCGGAUCAAACCGCUACUCGUCUCGUUAAAGGAGUGUCUCUGCUAUUUAGCGGCCUCAGCUUCAGUAUGGUUUUCCUUGUUGCUCAAGUGAAGACCAUAUUAGACGCAACGGUGAGUUUUGAUGGAGCUGUGGCCGGAUCGAUCCUAGGUGUUUUCACUCUCGGUAUUUUCGUUCCGUUCGCCAAUCCUGCCGGGGCUGGAGUGGGUAUACUAACUGCCUUUGGAUUGAUGAUGUGGCUUCUACUGAGUACUCAGAUCGCCAAAUCCAGUGGGGUUGUUCAUAACAGCCAAAUGAAAUCUUUCAGCACCGACAAUUGUCCUGCUUAUAAUGGGACUUCAAAUUCUUUUCAACUGAGCACAAACUUGCACAAUUUGACAAUGGCUAAUGAGCAAGAAGAAAUGCCUUUCAUUCUCUUGAGGAUUUCAUACUUAUGGUACACAGUGAUUGGAAUGCUGAUUGUCCUUACUCUUGGAACAUUAGUGAGUCUCGUAAGUCAAGCCAUUAACAUUAUUAGAAACAGUACACAACUCUCUACCGAGGAACUUAACGACGGUGUCGCUAAUAUUAAAAACAACUCGUCCACUGAGAUGGCACAAGUGAACCAAGUCUUCGCCAUGAAUGAAUUUUCUCAAUAGACUCGAUUAGCGUCUUCAAUUUUUCAAAAAACAACUUUUUCCUUGAAGAUGCCGUCGACGUGUAAGGCAAUCAAUUUAACGUGACUGUUGACAAUACAAUAGGUCGACUGCUUUGCCAAUCGAUAAAUGUCGGCUCCCGUUGCUGUGAUCUUCGUACGGUAUAUAUCCCGCAUUCAUAUAGUAUUAAUCUAUUUAUCAGUCGAUCGUGUUCGUCUAGUUUUUUUUUUCAGUCGCGAGAUUUAUUCAUCUUUCUUAGAUUCUCUUAUCUUCCUUUAUAAGCCAAGUCGAUACAUCGAUUCAAAUUCCAACCUACUGCCAUGAUAAAACUUCGUAUUACUUGACGAAAGUAUCGAUUAUAAGAAAAUGAGUGCCCACUCUGCCAGUGAUUCGAUAUAUAGAUAUAGCUAU